GAUCUGCAAUUUCGACCCUGAUGCACCAUCGAGGGAGAUCAUGCGGGACAUGCGCAUCCCCUGCUUCUCCUGCCUGUGUUCCCCAGUCCGCUGGGCCGAUACUGCCAGUUCGGCGAAGAUCAACUGCAUGCCCUUUUGGACAGGUGUCAUCCUUGUGACCUUUCUGAAUGCGCUUACAGCCGCAUCAUUCUACAUCACUGCUCUGAUCUACAUGUUCAUGGCCGCGAACCAUCGUCAGCUCAUCCGACGGCUCUACGGCAUGCCGAAUGGCACUUGGAGGACCUACACCGAGGAUUGCUGCACUUGGAUGUGGUGUUCCUGCUGCGCCACCAUGCAAGAGGCAAUGGAGAUUCAGUAUGUGGACCCGGUGAACAAGCCGUGGCAGCAAAGCAUGGUCGAUUCGGUGGUACCCGCGGCUUUCCAGACAGAGAAGGAGCCAGAGGGUGGAAGCGUGGAGCGCCGCCAGAACACGACCUGCUGCUGA